AUGGCAGACGAUGUUCAAUCCAACCUCAAGCAAUGGGUGGCUCCUCUGGUGGAAUCUGGCGGAGUGGCAUCAUUCGAGUACCCUCUCUUGGAUGCUCCAGAUGACUUGCUGCUGCGCCUGUCCGAAUUCUCACCAGGCCUCUAUCCUUCUAACCAAACCUGCAUGCAGGUGGCUCCAUUGGUGGCAUCUGGAGACGUAGCAGCAUUCAAGGACCCUCACUUGGACGCUCCAGAUGACUUGCUGCUGCGCCUGGCUCGCCUCGCCCUCACCUGCACGGCCAUGCCCACGGCCUCCCGCCCCACCAUGGCCCGCGUGUUGGGCGAUCUGCUGGGCAUGAAGGAGGAGGUGCUUGGGGGUGCUGAGGCGUACAGAGCUGCAUGCCGCAUUGACAGGGAGAUUGGCAGCUCAGCGGCUCACACGGUGGACUUUGAUGCCCAGCUGGCCGGAAUAGAACAGAUGGGAGCGCAUAGCAAUUUGUCGGGUGAUGCAUGA